AUGAUAUCUAAUCAACCAUCACCUCUUUCACACCAUAUCCUAUAAUGGCGAACUCACCGACGCCGACAAUGCUGGCGUUCCUGGCUCUUGGGCUAGCGCUCCUCCUCUCCGCCACCGGCCAGGCGAGCGCGCAGAACUGCGGCUGCCAGUCGAACAUGUGCUGCAGCAAAUGGGGGUACUGCGGCACGGGCAAGGACUACUGCGGAGAUGGGUGCCGCUCUGGCCCGUGCUACGGCGGCGGCGGCGGUGGAGGAGGAGGAGGCGGAGGUGGUGGAGGCGGAGGCGGAGGCAGCGGCGUGUCUGUAGAGAGCGUGGUCACCGAGGCGUUCUUCAAUGGGAUCAAGAACCAGGCCCCGAACGGUUGCGCCGGCAAGAACUUUUACACACGACAGUCGUUUCUUAACGCUGCCCACUCCUACUCGGGCUUCGCCAGGGACCGCACCAACGAUGACUCCAAGCGUGAGAUCGCUGCCUUCUUUGCCCACGUCACUCAUGAGACCGGACAUAUGUGCUACAUCAACGAGAUAAACGGGGCGAGCAUGGACUACUGCGACAAGAACAACAAGCAGUGGCCGUGCCAGCCGGGGAAGAAGUACUACGGGCGCGGGCCGCUGCAGAUCUCGUGGAACUACAACUACGGGCCUGCGGGGCAGAACAUCGGGUUCGACGGGCUGAGGGACCCGGACAGGGUGGCGCAGGACCCGACGAUCUCCUUCAAGACGGCGCUCUGGUUCUGGAUGAACAACGUGCACCAGGUGAUGUUGCAGGGGUUCGGCGCCACCAUCCGGGCCAUCAACGGUGCGCUCGAGUGCAACGGCAAGAACCCCGGCGCCGUCAACGCAAGGGUAAACUACUACAAAGACUACUGCCGCCAAUUCGGCGUUGACCCGGGUGGCAACCUUUACUGUUGAGUUACAUGCACACAUGCUGCGCGGCUCAUCGAUCAGGACUGAAUAAUAAACAAAGUAAUAACGAAUAAAACGUUUGGUGUGUACGUACAUUGCAUGCACGUACGGUACAUGUUGCAAGUGACGUCAAGAGUUUGGUACGGAUAAAUAUGAAAAAUAAAAUGUUGGGAUCAGGAUUAAAUGA